AUCCCUGCACUUCCAGGCGCGCGGGAGGGACUGGCGGGGACGCGAGCUGCGGACUCUGGCGAACGCGGGGGAGGCAGACACGGGGAGGCAGACACGGGGAGGCGGACACCCAGCUGGCAGGCGUCUCAGCACCCCCGCAGCCGGCGGGCUCCUCUCCUGACAGCUCCAGGAAAGGCAGACCCCUUCCCCAGCCAGCCAGCCCCGUGAGUACGCGGCGACAGUGGGCCGUGGGGUGGCUGGGAACGGCCCCCUCCUCCAGAAAAACCAGAGAACGGCUUGGAGAGCUGAAACGAGCGUCCGCGAGCAGGUCCGUGCAGACCCGGGCUUCAGGACCGCUGAGCUCCAUAGGGAGGCCGUGGGGGACGCCAGGUCGCCGGCUCCUCUGCCCUCGUUGAGAUGGACAACGCCUCGUUUUGGGAGCCCUGGCCCGCCAACGCAUCCGGCCCGGACCCGGCGCUGAGCUGCUCCAACGCGUCGACUCUGGCGCCGCUGCCGGAGCCGCUGGCGGUGGCCGUGCCAGUUGUCUACGCGGUGAUCUGCGCCGUGGGUCUGGCGGGCAACUCCGCCGUGCUGUACGUGUUGCUGCGGGCGCCCCGCAUGAAGACCGUCACCAACCUGUUCAUCCUCAACCUGGCCAUCGCCGACGAGCUCUUCACGCUGGUGCUGCCCAUCAACAUCGCGGACUUCCUGCUGCGGCAGUGGCCCUUCGGGGAGCUCAUGUGCAAGCUCAUCGUGGCUAUCGACCAGUACAACACCUUCUCCAGCCUCUACUUCCUCACCGUCAUGAGCGCCGACCGCUACCUGGUGGUGUUGGCCACUGCCGAGUCGCGCCGAGUGGCCGGCCGCACCUACAGCGCCGCGCGCGCGGUGAGCCUGGCCGUGUGGGGGAUCGUCACACUCAUCGUGCUGCCCUUCGCAGUCUUCGCCCGGCUCGACGACGAGCAGGGUCGGCGCCAGUGCGUGCUCGUCUUUCCGCAGCCCGAGGCCUUCUGGUGGCGCGCGAGCCGCCUCUACACGCUCGUGCUGGGCUUCGCCAUCCCGGUGUCCACCAUCUGUGUCCUCUAUACCACCCUGCUGUGCCGGCUGCAUGCCAUGCGGCUGGACAGCCACGCCAAGGCCCUGGAGCGCGCCAAGAAGCGGGUGACCUUCCUGGUGGUGGCCAUCCUGGCGGUGUGCCUCCUCUGCUGGACGCCCUACCACCUGAGCACCGUGGUGGCGCUCACCACCGACCUCCCGCAGACGCCGCUGGUCAUCGCUAUCUCCUACUUCAUUACCAGCCUGAGCUACGCCAACAGCUGCCUCAACCCCUUCCUCUACGCCUUCCUGGACGCCAGCUUCCGCAGGAACCUCCGCCAGCUGAUAACUUGCCGCGCGGCCGCCUGACUCCCCUAGCGUCCGGCUCCGCAACUGCCCGCCACCCCUGGCACGCGUGGGAGGAGCCGGCGCCAGAGUGCGGCACCAGACAGGCCGCCUAGGCCUCCUGGCGAAACUGACUUGCGCCCCAUCCCCGACCUAGCAGAUCGGAAGCGCUGCGACUGCGCCCGCAGGUUGACCUUGCCAAGCCCUCCAGGUGAUGCGCGUCCACGCCGGGUGAGGAGAACUAAGGCUGAGAUCGCCACACUGAGGGCUCCCUAACGCCGAGGUGGAGGUAGAGGAGGGUAGAGGAGGAGGGUGGUAUUGCUGGGAACCGCCCCUUCCCUGCCCUGCUCCCUGACCCCGAGCCCUGGCGGUCUGGAACCUGGCUGGAGUAGGAGCUCUCCGCGCCUUCGAAGGGAGGCCCAAGGACGCUGCGGGCGCCCCCAGGCGUCGGCUCCUCGCGGCCCCUGCUGCAGCUGGCGCACAACCCCAGCGGGUCCCCUUGUCCUCCGCGCGCUCUGGGAAGAGGGUCAGGCGCGCGCCUUUGGCGCCCACCCCUGUGACACCCGCUUGGCCAGGCGCCGCGCGCGGGGACCGCUGCCGAGGCCGCCAGCGCCUCUUCAACUGGGGAAAACACAACAACUCGGGAUGCCCCAUCGGGGUGUGUGUACAGCUGUGUGUGUGUGUGGUGUGCGCGCGUUUGCGGAGGCAUGAGAUGCGGGGAAGGAGGCUGGCUCUUGGCAGUGACUGCCUAGAAUUUGAUACGAAUAGUGAUCCUUCUUUCUGUCUGCCCCAACUCCUUCUUUUCUUUGCCUUUUCCCUUUCCUAUCCGUGAUCUCCCCUGAAAAUGUCAGACUCCCCGAGCAAGGAACCCGGAGUAGCCCGGGCGCGCGGUUCCGGCGCCCCCUGGAGUAGCCAGCGGCCGAGCGCUUAGCGUCCGAGGACCGCGGGGCUUUGUGGUGGAGCAUUACUGAGCGCGCUUCACAGCGCUGUGGCGCACUGGUCAUCGUUGCUUACAGAGGACGCCAAGCCCCACGCCCCGUUCCCCCAAUUGGCCUCGUCUCUUGUCUGACUUAGAUCAGUUUGUUGUAACUGUUAAUGUGUGUACUGUUUUCCAGGACUGAAAACUUUAUAAAUAAUGUACAUGUCCUAAUCUCACGAGUUGCCAUGAAGAUCAAAUAAGAUAAAAAGAAAUGCGAUCUAUUCUCUUGUGUUCCCUUUCUCCUCUGCUUCCUGGGCCCCGCCUUAGGGAGAGCAGGAAGCAGGGAUGACCUACGGCUUCAGGUUUUCUCUGCUGUAUUUUUCACAGGGAGCUGUGGAUUACCUGGGCUUUAUUCCUUAGUUUUAGACGGCAUCCGGUAGGUAGUCCCGGUAAAUAGGGUAAAUACUAGUUCUGGAGUCACCAGGGAGACUGGCCAGCAUCCUACCUGUGUUUUUAUCUCUGCAUAUGGAAGACAAAGUGGAUUAAGAGAGAGGACUGGCAUUGGGUUUGCGCAAUCCUCUGCAGUUUAACCUUAGACAUGAGGGCCGAACCCUAACCAAACUCUGGUAAUUGAUUAUGGUGUUUUAAAAGGUAUUAAUCUUUGGGAUGACGUCCAAACAGGAUGAAAAUUUCUACAAAUGUUUGUUUCCUAUGUCAUGUGUGAGAAAAAAAUGUGAGUGUUGCAGCACAUUUUGUUUGCUUAAUUUGGCAUCUUUAAUCAGUUUCUCAAUUAUUUAGGUUGAAAAUAGCUUUUAAUAAAUAUUUGGAAGGAAAAAACACCCCCUUGGAAUGGGAGGAAGCAAACCCCCUCUCUGAUUUUGGUGAAUGAGAAUUGCUUUCUUAGCUCUCAGAGUUUUUAGGAACAUUGAAAUAAUUCAUAGCCUUCAGUUUAGAAAGUAUACAUUAAAAAACUUUCUGUCUUGGGUGGCAAAUAAUAGUAAAUUGUUUGAAAGAAAGUUUUCAUCUGCAAUGAGUUUCGAAUGGUGGACCUCAUGGCAUUUGAACAGGCCUCUCUCUGCUGGCCGGCUUCAGAGGCUUCUUGGAAUUCAUUUUAAUAUCUUUUAAAUUUCUAGGAAACAUUCUAUUGAUUUUCCUUAAGAUCUCAAAAUUAUUUCAUGAAUCCUCUGUAACUUCAAAAUUAAAGUUUUAAACUUAGAGUAACUUCUAGAUUACCUAAGGUGAUGGACAAAGAGUAAGGUGAACAUUUGGCUACAAACACAGCUGGGGUGAUUGUCUGGAUUCAAUAUCUCAACUGUCUUAAUAAGCUCCGUAACUGAACUCAGAUGGGGGACAGCUGAGUGAUCCAUCUGUCCACUGUUUCAUCCCUACAGUAGCUUGACCUCGAGCCUUCUUGGAAUCUAUGGAGAUGACUGCCGGAAAAAUACACGGGCUGACAUUGCUAUUCAUCCUCAGCAAGGCAUGGAUUGGCUUCUGAGUAUGCCUGUGGGAUUAAUUAGAACUCAGUAGUUUAGUUCCUCCUAGGCUUUCUGAUCACUGGAUAAACUGUUGUAUCAUUAUUUCUAGGACAUUGCCCUUCAUAUGAGCAUGUAGACUGUAUAUCUCAGGCUUCCUUUUUAUGUCUUGGGUAAUUGGUUGAAUAAAUACACACAUAAGCCAGGCAAAAGUAGAAUUUAUUCACAUCAUUGUAUUGCAAAGGUUUUAACACUGUGUUGAAUUCUUGCAGUUUCUGUGUAAACUCUAUGGUUUGGUUUUACCACUUUGAAUAGUUAAAAAUGUCUAUUUGCUUUUACUUAAUUUAGUACAGUUAUGUAAUGUAUACGCUUAUGUUUUCUCUUGACAAACGCAGAAACUCUGUAAUCCAUUGUAGAGGAGCUCAGUUUAAAAUAAAAGCUGAAACAUUCUGUGUGAUAA